AUGGCCUCCAGCAUCAAACCGUGGUCCGCUGCUGCCCUGUGGUCGCUCCUCGCCACCGCCAUUCUCCUGUUCAUGGCGGCUUCCACGCUAGCCCAGACGUCCACGUGCCCCGGCAUGCUUGUUCUGCUAAAAGGGAUUAGCCCAAACAUCCUGGAAACUGAUUUCUUUGUGCAGAUCAGUCGAGUACUCGAUGUUCUGCGACGGGAGGGCGGUAUGACCCGAGUCGCACAGUGUGUCUGCCAAGUCACUGGAUCCAACGGUGCCAGCGCCACGGAAGUGAUCCAAAUCAUGGUCGAUCCGGGGUACAGCACCAAUUGCAGCAGCAACCUCGCCUAG